AACUCCCUGCUCCUUGCAUUCACCCAUAAGAUUUUAGGGUUCCCCUCAGUUUCUUCAUUAUUUUGGCCUGAAGAAGCACACAUUUCAGGUACCCAACUGGUCUUCUAAACAACAGCAUCAAAAAAUAUCCCUUUCAGUGCAAUCCUAUGCACAUUCACUCAGCAUUCAGUUCCACUUUAUUGAUUGGGGCUUACUACCAGAGAAAUGUGCAUAGGGUUACAGCCUAAGCUGCUAUUUUAUACACGCUUGCUAGGGAUGAAGUUCCACUGAACUCACUGGAAUUUAUUUAGAUGCUGAGGAUUGCACGGUUACUCUCUCAAGAGCUUGAGCUGCUGACAUGAAGCCAAAAAGAAACAUUCAGAUUUCUGAUGUCAGUCGAAUGCUUGCCCUUGAAGAAUUUGUUCUAACCUGCAGUGGGACAGAAUCAGUGGAGAGGAAUGCUUUCAAUGCCCUGGCUGCCUUGAGGAUACUGGAACUCUGGAAAAAUAAGCUGAGACAUAUACCUACCUUGCUUCCAGCAAACCUGGAAAUACUGAAGCUUGGUGAUAAUUUAAUAAGUGUUCUGAAUGAGUCCGAUUUUGAAGGUUUGAAAAAAUUAAGAGUUCUUGAUAUACAAAACAAUCCAAUUUUGGCUCUUUCUUCUAGUACCCUUUCCUCCCUUAGCAGUUUACAGAGUUUGAUUUUGGAUGGGAAUAAUAUGGAAUCAGUGUCAGGACCACUCAACCUUCUUAGCCUGAAGUACCUGAGCAUGGAGAAUAAUAAACUGCAGUCUUUUCCAGGAAGCUUUUUCACAGCUCUCCAAACUCUUUUGUUCCUCAAUUUAAAUGGCAAUUUGCUAACCAAAGCCCCUUCAGACUUGCCCAGAUCCUUAUUAUCCCUGAUGCUAGAAAGGAAUCAGCUAAAAAUGCUACGAUCUGAAGAUGUGAAACAACUGGCAAACUUGUCAGAACUUUGCUUGUCUGAAAACCAGCUUUCAUCAGUUGAUGGAGCUCAGUUUCUUUCCAGCCUGACUAGGUUGGAACUGGCUGGAAACAAACUCCAAACAAUUCCAGUCAGUCUACCAGUCACAUUACAAAAGAUUGACUUCAGCAAUAAUCGAAUUGAGAAAAUUAAAGCCCAAGAUUUCCAGAAUCUUCAGAACCUAAAGCAUUUGUUUCUUGACAACAAUGUUGUUAAAACAUUUGAGGAUGGGGCAUUCCAGAGAUGCACAGUACUGUCUAACCUGGCACUUGAACAAAACCUACUUAGUUCUAUACCACUAAGCCUUCCACAUACUCUAGCCAGAUUAGAUCUGAAAGGAAACAACAUACAAAGAAUUCAAGAGCAAGAACUGAAGAAUUUAGGGCAGCUACAGGUUUUGAAUCUACGAAACAACAAGAUAACUGCCCUGGACCAUGGCCUCUUGAAAUAUUUGCCUCGCCUCAGGCAUCUGUAUCUGGAAGGCAACCCAUGGAAUUGCACUUGUGACCUCUUCAGAACCAGAAGAGUGCUCACAGCCAAAGGCACAGAUGUCAAAGGGGGACAGUGCUCUGCCCCCACAGAAAGCAAGGGAGAGAGCUGGAUGUCUUCAAAAAGGAUUCUGCAUUUGUGCAUUCAUGACAAGUUCUAUUCAGAUGAAGAGAGCAAGGAAAUCAGAAAGAAAGCAAAUGCUGAUCAUCCUUUCAGCCUCAGAGCAGACACAGAUGAUUAUUAUGACUAUGAAACAGAUUAAGUACAAAUAUCUAAUAAACUUCUGAGUAUAGCUUUCUCUGUGCUCUCUGAAGAAGAGCUACAAACAAAUGAUUAACUCAUGGGAACUUUUAAAAUUUGAAAUAAGGCCACACAGAAUAUCAGAUCCAUCCUAUGCAGAGAAGAGUGUUUAGACUUGUUGAAAUUAAUAGGCAAGUGCAUAUAAAGAGGCUGUGGUUCUUUCCUAGGUUUAAGAAUUUGUAGCGAGCUAGUAUUAAUGGUGUUUAGACAUUAAUACCGUAUUAGUUGUAUAGGCAGUUGGCAGCAAUGGUUCUAAAAUAACAAGAAAUUUUUAAAGAAACUGCUUUAGUAUAUAUUUAAUACAAAAUGUUUAGGAUUUUAAAAUACAAAUAUGUAUAAUAAAAGAUCUUGUAUGGUCA